CGGGAUCUGGUAUGUGUCGUCAAACAAGCGAGAUUUGCAUGCACGUGAAGACGGCUGGUAAGGUCAGAUUCCUGCCCAACACUGACGUCCUUAAUUUUUCCCCAUAGUAGUAUCUUUUUCAAACGUCAACAUCGCUAACUGUCAAAAAAUCAUCUAAAUUCACAAUUAAUCAAACGCAACGAAGUUGGAUUUCUUUUCUGCUGUGCUGACCAAACGCCCAAUAAUUUUUUUUUCUAAUUUACCUAUUGUGUGCGAGUGUGAUUUUCUUUAUAAAAUCCACAUAACAUUCCAAAGAUCAGGACAGCGACAAUAGCCUGGAAUAUAUUUCGGCAGUGUGCGCAACGUUAUAAGCCAGCAGUCAGAAACGAUGAAUUUUCUCGGAUUUGGUCAAUCGGCCGAGAUCGAUAUAAUUUUUGACGGUGCGGAGAACAGGAAAACAGCCGAGGUCAAAGGAGAAGAUGGAAAAAUUGAAAAAAUGCUACUAUAUUAUGAUGGCGAAACUGUGUCGGGCAAGGUAAAUGUAACACUCAAAAGGCCUGGCAGCAAACUCGAACAUCAAGGCAUAAAAAUCGAAUUCAUUGGGCAGAUCGAGCUGUUUUAUGACCGCGGCAAUCAUCAUGAAUUCAAAUGCAUUACGAAGGCUUUAGCCCGUCCGGGUGAUCUUAUUCAAAACCACAGUUACCCGUUCGAUUUUCAAAAUGUCGAAAAGCAAUUUGAGGUGUACGCUGGUUCAAAUGUACGUCUGCGUUAUUUCUUACGGGCGACCAUUGUACGUCGUAUCAGCGAUAUUACGCGCGAAGUAGACAUCGCAGUACACACACUUUGCAGUUAUCCAGAAAUGAAUAGUCCUAUUAAAAUGGAAGUGGGCAUUGAGGAUUGCCUGCACAUCGAAUUCGAAUAUAAUAAAAGUAAAUAUCAUUUGAAAGAUACUAUAAUCGGUAAGAUAUACUUCUUGUUGGUACGCAUUAAAAUAAAACACAUGGAAAUUGCAAUUAUUAAACGCGAAUCUACUGGCACCGGUCCAAAUAUGUUCACCGAGAACGAGACAAUUGCCAAAUAUGAAAUAAUGGAUGGCGCCCCGGUGAAAGGCGAGAGCAUACCGAUACGCGUGUUUCUUGCCGGCUAUAAUUUGACGCCAACAAUGCGCGAUAUUAAUAAAAAAUUCUCAGUAAAGUACUUCCUAAAUUUGGUGUUAAUGGACACGGAAGAUCGCCGAUACUUCAAACAGCAAGAAAUAACGCUUUGGCGCAAAGCAGAUAUACCGCGUUACCACAACCAGGGCCAGCAGCAACAUACCAGCAUGGUGCAUUCACAUCAUCCGCAACAUGCGCACUCACAUCUCGUUGGUGGCCCCACUGUGCCCAAUAUGACCAGUGUUGGCAGUGGUACGAACGCUACUGGUAUGGAUAGUGAUUCGAGCAUAACGGGUACUGCGCCUGAGAGCAAAAUGGGCUUAUUUACACGCGAGAGUCCAAGCCAAGAGUUCACUCAACAAGUGGAUUCAUUACCAACUUCACCAACAACACCGCCACCACCAGUAGAACGCGGCAUCGGUGAUGGUGCGGCUGCAACCAAUACAUCUCCUGUCAUGCUAUCCACUACACCCCCACCAUUGCCCCCCGUGUCGGCCACAACAGCGGUGCUCGGCGUUCAGCCGGUUGCGGAUGACUUUGUGGGUGCGGAAACGCAACCUAUAAAUGCUGCAACAGGUGCAGCGCCACUACGAUUGACUCCAGAUAUUGAGGACGGCAUGACAAACAUUUCGCUUGCACCCACGGAUAUAGAUGUUGAGAUAGUGAGUUCAAAACCGGACGCCAACGCUGUGGAAAGAACGCAAGAAUCAAAGAAGCGCGAAACUGCUGCACCACUUAUUGCAGACUGAAGCCGCCAGGGUUUACUCAACAAACAAGAAGUGCUGCAAGUGCUUAAAGUCCAAACUUCGAAAGCGAUUCGCCUAAUUAGUAUGCCCGCGCAUUGUUGGUUGGCUAUUAUCCUAUUACACACAUGUUUGUAGUUCCCUUAGUUGGCGUUUCGACGCCGGCUUCUCAAACAGCACACCAAUUCAUAUUCGUUUAAUUGCAAGUAUGCAUAUUGUUCGUUUAACCAAAUCCACGACCUGUCAGGCAGGUUUUGCCAUUCACUUCGGAGUGAAUUUCAAAUUUGUUUUGAAUUCAAAUUGACAGGGGUUGAAAUUGACUCGAAAGCGAAUUACAGUACCAGCCUGGUUUUAUCUAUUUUUCUUGUAGACUAAAAUAUCCUGAUUAUAUAUAAAAAGAUCGCUGUUUUACUAUUUUCCAUUUAUAUUGAAACUAUAAAUACUGCAUUAAUCUUACUUUAUUUGCAUUAAUAUUUUACCUUUAUUUCUUUUAAAGUUCUACUCUAAAGCAAAAAUGUUACGCGCUACGCGAUGUAGUUUAUGGUUAAAAACGAAGAAUAUCUUUGAACAAAAUUAUAAAGAGAUAUUUGUAUCUUGUAGAAUAUAAGCAAAUCGUAUAUAAAAUAUAUAAUGUAUUAAACAAUUUAUUAAUAAACAUAGGAAACACUA